AUGGUUGCUAUUGCCGCAUUUUCAAGUAGUGGCCAGGAAAAGCCGGCUCACAAUCCAAAAUUGGGACUAUUUGUGUACAUUUUAGCAUCUGCCGCUGUUAUCGGCGGAUUUUUAUUCGGAUAUGACACUUCUGUGGUGUCGGCGGCCAUGUUGUACAUGCCAGAUGCACCUGGGCUCAAACCUAUGGAUACUGUAUGGCAGGAGGUGUUGGUUAGUAUUUCACCAGGUAUGGCGGCAGUUGGCUCCUUAAUGUCCGGUACCUCUUCUGACUACAUUGGUCGCCGAAAAGUGAUCCUCGGAGCAUCUGCGAUUUUCACAAUCGGAGCUCUUGUCUGUGCAGCAUCGGUCAAUAAAAUCAUGCUACUUGUCGGACGUGUUCUUCUCGGAAUCGUCCUCGAAAAGGUGUACAAUGGAGACAAGGAAUGGGUGGAAUACGAGAUGGCCGAGAUCAUAGCCUUCAAUGAGGACCAGCAAAAGGAAAAUGAAAAGACGCAUUCUUCAGGUUUAGUGAUCUGGCGCAUCUUGAAAACUCCACAUGUCCUCAAAGCCUGUUUCAUCGGAAGUAUGCUCCAAGCCUUCCAACAAUUGGCUGGAAUCAACACCAUCUUGUACUACACAGCAGAUAUUAUCAGGUCAUCUGGAAUUUCUAAUAAUCAUACAACGAUCUGGAUUUCCGUGGCUCUUUCCGUAUGUAACUUCAUUGGACCUUUCAUCCCAAUGAGUUUGAUUGAACGCGUUGGAAGAAGAAUCAUUUUCUUGUUCUCCUGCGGAUUGGUGGUGCUUUCAUUGAUCUUCAUUGGUGUAGCCUUCCUUCUGGUCAAUCAUGAUUCGGCGGCGACGUUCCCAGGCAACCAAUAUGGUACUAACUUCAAUUCUUCUUAUCCAGAUGCCAAAGGAUGUAUGGCUUAUACAAACUGCGACUUUUGCGUCACCACCGAUGCAUGCGGAUUCUGCCACGACGCCAAUACCAAACAAGGAUACUGUCUACCGGCAUCGUCAGACAACCCGGAAGACUACUCGAGUACAGGAUCGUGUACUUCAGUGAAUGGCUCCAUUUCAAACAACUUCCAAUGGGAGAAAUACUACUGCGACACCAAAUUCACAAUUCUGCCAAUCAUUGCCUGCGGUGUCUACCUUCUAACCUUCUCCUCUGGAUUCACAUCUCUUCCAUGGGUCCUGAAUUCGGAAUUCUAUCCAAUGUGGGCCAGAUCCACGUGUGUCUCCAUCUCAACAACAUCCAACUGGGUAUUCAAUUUGAUCAUUGCGUUGACCUACUUAUCGUUGACACAAGUUAUCGGCAAAUAUGGUGCAUUUUGGCUGUACGCUGGGUUGACCAUCAUUGCUUUUGUGUUUAUUUUGUUCUUGGUGCCUGAAACAAAAGGAUAUUCUAUUGAAGAGGUUGAAAUGCUAUUUAUGAACAAAAAACAACGGAGAGAAGCGGAGACGCGUCGACGAGAAACGGUGACGGAAGUGAGGAGUCGAUUGAAUAGUACAGUGUCCUUUGGUGGACAACUACAAGUGCAUAAAUAUUAA